CGGAAGUCGGAACCCCUCUCUCCCCUUUUAUGCACUCGCCUCGAUUAGGGCACUUUACCCACACUGCAACCUCUCUCUCUCAAUUUACAGCUUCUUGCUCUCUCCGAGGAAGAUAGAAGCGAGGCGAAAUACAUCAGAUUUUUGUUGUUUGUUGUUACUUGUUACUUUGAUUUUACUCGGGAAAUCGACAUGAAUGGGGAUGGGGAAGGAGGGGAAGAAGGUGUGAAAAUGGAGGUGGAAGAAGCAGUAGCGGGGAUAAAGGAGAGGUUGUUAGUGUACAUGUGGGGAUACCUUCCCGGAGCUCUGCCUCAGCGCUCGCCGCUUCUGUCUCCAGUGGUGGUUAGGCUUCCGCCGUCUGUUGGAGCCGGUUGCUCAUGGAAGGAUGUUUGCGGCGGCGGAUGCGGCUUCGCUAUGGCUGUCUCAGAUUUUGGAAAGCUCAUUACAUGGGGCUCAACAGAUGAUCUAGGGCAAAGCUACGUUACAUCUGGGAAACAUGGGGAAAUACCAGAGCCUUUUCCUCUUCCUACCGAAGCUUCAAUAGUAAAAGCUGCAGCUGGGUGGGCACAUUGUGUUGCAGUUACAGAGCAUGGAGAAGUAUACACGUGGGGAUGGAAAGAGUGUGUUCCCACUGGAAAGGUGUUUGGAGAUACAUCAACAGGGGAGAAGGAUGUGUACGAAAGACAGAGUUCUUUUUUGACAGAACAAGUGAGUCCCCGCUCUCGGAGUUCGAGAUCUUCCAGUGGAACAUUGUCUGGAACGGAUAGUACAGGUGGAGAAGAAAGUGCAAAGCGUAGGCGUAUGUCAUCGUCUAAGCAAGCGGCUGAAAGCUCACUGUCUGGUGACGAAACUCUCUCAGCAUUGCCAUGUCUUGUGGCACUGAACUCAGGAAUUAGGAUUGCUACAGUUGCUGCUGGUGGACGCCAUACUUUAGCAUUGUCAGUUUCAGAUGUCGGACAGGUGUGGGGUUGGGGCUAUGGAGGUGAGGGACAGCUAGGUUUGGGGUCCAGGGUACGGAUGGUUUCCUCUCCACAUCCUGUGCCUUGCAUUGAUUCCUCCUCUAUUGGAAAAGAUAGAUCUUCGCCCCUUUUGCGAGGAAGCUUGCGUUCAGAAGGACAAGGUUUUAGAGUUCCAGGAAGCUAUGUAAAAGGAAUUUCCUGUGGAGGAAGGCAUAGCGCAGUAAUUACGGAUGCUGGAGCAUUACUGACUUUUGGCUGGGGUCUAUAUGGUCAGUGUGGGCAAGGAAGCACAGAUGACGAGCUUAGCCCUGCUUGUGUAUCUUCCUUACUAGGCAUCCAGAUUGACGGCGUGGCUGCAGGACUCUGGCAUACAGUCUGCGUUUCUGCUGAUGGUGAUGUUUAUACAUUUGGUGGGAAUCAAUUUGGGCAGUUGGGUACAGGCACCGACCAGGCAGAGACUCUGCCCAGGCUUCUUGAUGCUCCUGGUUUGGAGAAUAUGAAUGUGAAAGCAGUAUCUUGUGGGGCUCGUCACAGUGCUGUUGUGACAGAUGAUGGAAAGGUGUUCUCCUGGGGAUGGAACAAGUAUGGACAGCUUGGCUUGGGAGAUAUGAUAGACCGCAGUGUUCCUUCUCAAGUUCAAAUUGAAGGUUGUGUAGCGAAAAAUAUUGCAUGUGGUUGGUGGCAUACCCUUCUGUUGGCUGAAUCGUCACCGACUUGAGAGCCUUGAACUGGGAAUUCCUGAUAGAAGUUUUGCUAGGUUACAGUAUCUUUGAUUGGUAUAAGAGCAUUUAAUUAUAUGUAUAUGUACAUACAGUAGCUUGUAUACGUAUGCACAUGCAAGUUACCAUUCUUUCCUACUAA